CUCCAGGGUUGGUGACGCCGACGGUAAAGUGAGGCUCAGGAUCAAGCAGCAAUGGCUGAGAAGCGGCACGCAGAAGACACCCAAGCCCGGCGGCUCCCUGACUCCUUUAAGGAUAGCCCCAGUGCAGGCCUUGGACCUUGUGGAUGGAUUUUGGUGGCUGCCUCAUUCUUAUUCACACUUAUAACUUUCCCAAUAUCAAUAUGGAUGUGCAUAAAGAUUAUAAAAGAGUAUGAAAGAGCUAUCAUCUUUAGAUUGGGUCGCAUUUUACAAGGAGGAGCCAAAGGACCUGGUUUGUUUUUUAUUCUGCCAUGCACUGAUAGCUUCAUCAAGGUGGAUAUGAGGACCAUCUCGUUUGACAUUCCUCCUCAGGAGAUCCUCACUAAGGAUUCAGUGACAAUCAGUGUGGAUGGUGUAGUCUAUUACCGCGUUCAGAAUGCAACCCUGGCUGUGGCAAAUAUCACCAAUGCAGACUCUGCCACCCGUCUUUUGGCACAGACUACUCUCAGGAAUGUUCUGGGCACCAAGAACCUUUCUCAGAUCCUCUCUGACAGAGAAGAAAUUGCACACAACAUGCAGUGUACUCUGGAUGAUGCCACCGAUGACUGGGGAAUAAAGGUGGAGCGUGUAGAAAUUAAGGAUGUGAAGCUCCCUGUGCAGCUCCAGAGAGCUAUGGGCGAGGCAGAAGCAUCCCGGGAGGCCCGAGCCAAGGUUAUUGCAGCUGAGGGAGAAAUGAAUGCAUCCAGAGCUCUGAAAGAAGCCUCCAUUGUUAUCGCAGAGUCUCCUGCCGCCCUUCAGCUCCGGUAUCUUCAGACACUGACCACCAUUGCUGCCGAGAAAAACUCAACAAUUGUCUUCCCUCUGCCCAUAGAUAUGUUGCAAGGCAUAGUGGGGGCAAAACACUGAGCCAUGUAGGCCAGUGUAGAGAUGAGCUGUACCCUUCUAAGGAAAAAGUGGGGACCAAAUUAGCCUUCAGCUCAUAAGGAGAGAGUAGAGCAGGGAACCUUAGGUAUCCUCUCUCCCUUUCCUUUUCUAUAUGUUGAAUGUGGGGCUCCUAGAAUACAUAGAGGUCAUAAAAACAGAAGAAAGAAUUGUUAGCUUUGGGGCUUGGCGCGGGGCUAGUAGAGCAUGCUCAAGGUCCUGGGUUUAAUCUGCAGCACCACAAAAGAAAGAAAAAGGAAUUGUUAGCGUGUAAAUACUGAAAGAGAGAGAUUGGUAAUUUAUAUAUAAGAUAAUCUCUUAGUCUUUAAAAUAUUUAAGAGUUUGUAUAUUUAGAUCAUUUGGUAGUAGGUUAAAUUCUUUUGACUUCCUUUGAGUCACCCUUAAUCCUCCAUCAGCAGCCAGGCCAGGGACAAGCUGACAGCCCUGGCUGGAUAAAUGCUUUGCAGACAGUGAUGAUCUUGUGCUAUAGCCAGCUUCUCUGGGCCAUCAGUGCCUUACCUUCAGGGAAUCGUAAAGAAGGACAUUUCCCUAAUUCCCUAAUGUCCAUUUAUCUGCUAAACACAAACCAUAUUUCAAAACAAUCUUCACUAGGUGGUAGGCAUUUUCUUGCCUAAACUUGUCAGAACUAGGGAAGUGGUCAAGAUCAAUGAAAAAGAUUACCCUAACCCUUCAAAGACUUAAUUUUUUUUUUUUUUUUUACUUCUUAGAGUCUCCUUCAUGAGUAAAUGAUUCCUCUGUGGUCUGCCUUUCAAACCAGCUAAAUACUUUUCACAAAAGUGCUUUUUCUCACUUUUGCCUAUUUUCAUAUAUCAGGUAUUGAAUAGUUUCGAUUUUUAAAUAAAAUGUUCUCCAAGUUCUAUCAACAGUUCUUACGUACCCAUUUGAAUAGCUUAAGGACUAAAACACUUCUUAAAAAAAUCUUCAGAGAACCAUUAUAUUUUGCUCUUUUCAUGCUAUAAACUAUUAUACACUGUGAAAUAACCUUGUUUACUAAUCCCAUUUAAUAAGUAGUAUAAGGAAUUCAUAAAACAUUGAACAUGCCACGUCUGGCAGUCUUGGGUAGACACUGUCAAACUUAGGAUAUCUAUAUAGAUGUAAGAACUUUUGUUUGCCUGUUUGUUCUUUUUCUACCAUAUACGCUGUUGAUGCUGAAAGAGGAAGUAGUCAGCACCUUUGGACCAGUUUCUUAGUCUAUAAUAUUAGGGAAAGCCUUCCAUUUUACAAAUGCCUGUGAAUCUGAGUAACCUGACAUUCUUCCAACUGGCCUGGAAAGCUGACUGGUAACAUUUGCAACACUUCCUCUUUGAGGCUUUCAGUUCUUCUGGAGAAGUCUUAAAGUAAGUUUCUUUUCCCAGCUCCGCUCUUCCUAUCUGUCCUUAGAUGAACCAUUCUGUUAAUCCCAGUUUAUGUUUGUCCCUUCCUGUAUAUCCCAUUUCCGGGCUUAUUUUAACCCUGAACCAUCAUCUAUCUAGGUUCCUAGCUGGGUUUAUUAGAAGUUAUAGAACAUUUCAACUCAGGACUCAAGUUGCAUUUACAUUUUGAAAUUUUAAAAUAUGGUUUUGUCUGUGUUGUGAAGUGGCUCAUCUGUGACCACCGAGGCCCAGGAAACCCCGUAUCCUGGUGAAAAAUCUCUUCUCAAAGGUAGAGUGACAAUGCUCUUGGUUCUGUGAGUUUUCCUCUUCAGAUACCAAAUGGCCUGUGCUUUUCUGUCUUGUGGAUUCGUAGCCCAGCAGGCUGAAGGGAAAUCGCUUGGGAGGAAAGAGGCACAGAGGGAACUCUAGGAUGAGUGCUGGCGCAGGAUUUCCACAGAGCCUCCCUUCUGGCAAUGUACAUAAUAAAGAAUGUGCAGUGUAACUGAUUUUAUUUGGGUGAGAGUCUAUUUCUGCCUGCAUUCAUGUGUGUGGAUUUCAAUUUUCAGAAGUAUUACAACAGAUCCUCCAGUUCUGGGCUGGUUGCCUUGGCUCAGGCAUUUUCCCUGGAGAGU